AUGGCGGUGCCGACCCACCGGACCCAGGUGUCUGUGACCUUUGAUGAUGUGGCCGUGACCUUCACCCAGGAGGAGUGGGGCCAUCUGGACCCGGCUCAGAGGACCCUGUACCAGGAGGUGAUGCUGGAGACGUGCAGGCUCCUGCUGUCUCUGGGGUGUCCUGUCCCCAGACCUGAGCUGAUCUGCCAGCUGGAACACGGGCAGCAGCUGUGGACAGUGAGGAGAGACCUCUCCGGAAGCACCUGUCCAGUUGACAAAGGAAAACCCAAGACCGCAGAACCUACCAGUUGUGAGCCAACGCUGUCUGAGGGAGCCUCUCUCCAGGAACUGACACACGGAGGCCCAGGGGACUCCCAGCUGGGACAGACGAAGGAUUGGGAUGGGCUGCUGGCAGUGCAGGGAGACCACUUUGUACCAGGGAUCAACCCCCAGAGGGAGAAGCUUCAUGAAAAAAUAAGUCCUGAGCACGGCAGCUUAGGGACAGCUGGUGGUGUGUGUUCAAGGGUCAUAGAGGAGCCAGUCCCUCCAGGGGGUGCUGUCCAUGACCGUGCCGCCGGUGGAUCAAGUAAAGGUCCCCUGAUUCAGGACGAGGAAAGUCUCUUCAAAUGCAACGAGUGCGGGAAAGUUUUUAACAAGAAACACCUUCUUGCUGGACAUGAAAAGAUUCACUCUGGAGUGAAGCCCUAUGAAUGUACUGAGUGUGGGAAAACCUUCAUUAAGAGCACACACCUCCUGCAGCACCACAUGAUCCACACCGGGGAGAGGCCCUACGAGUGCAUGGAGUGCGGCAAGGCCUUCAACCGCAAGUCCUACCUGACCCAGCACCAGCGGAUUCACAGUGGGGAGAAGCCCUACAAGUGCAGUGAGUGUGGAAAGGCCUUCACCCACCGCUCCAAUUUUGUCUUACAUAAGAGGAGACACACUGGGGAAAAAUCCUUUACCCACACUGGGGAGAAGCCCUACGAGUGCAGCGAGUGUGGGAAAGCCUUCUGUGAGAGCGCAGCCCUCAUUCACCACUAUGUCAUCCACACCGGGGAGAAGCCCUUCGAGUGCCUCGAGUGUGGCAAGGCCUUCAACCACAGGUCUGGCCUCACCAGACACCAGCGGAUUCACAGUGGAGAGAAGCCCUAUGAAUGCAUGGAGUGCGGGAAGUCCUUCUGCUGGAGCACAAACCUCAUUCGACAUGCCAUCAUCCACACUGGAGAGAAGCCCUAUAAGUGCAGUGAGUGUGGAAAGGCCUUCAGUCGCAGUUCCUCCCUCACUCAGCAUCAAAGGAUCCAUACUGGGAGAAAGUCUGUCAGUCCCUAUGAAUGCACAGAGUGUGGGAAAACGUUCAGUAAGAGCACUUAUCUCCUGCAGCACCACAUGGUCCACACUGGGGAGAAGCCCUAUAAGUGCAUGGAGUGCGGCAAGGCCUUCAACCGCAAGUCACACCUGACGCAACACCAGCGGAUUCACAGUGGGGAGAAGCCUUAUAAAUGCAGUGAGUGUGGAAAGGCCUUCACCCACCGCUCCACUUUUGUUUUGCAUAACAGGAGCCACACUGGAGAAAAACCCUUUGUGUGCAAAGAAUGCGGAAAAGCCUUCCGAGAUAGGCCGGCCCUCAUUCACCACUAUGUCAUCCACACUGGGGAGAAGCCCUUCGAGUGCCUCGAGUGUGGCAAGGCCUUCAACCACAGGUCAUACCUCAAGCGGCACCAGCGGAUCCACACUGGGGAGAAGCCCUAUGUGUGCACCGAGUGUGGAAAGGCCUUCACCCACUGUUCUACUUUUAUCUUACAUAAAAGAGCCCACACUGGUGAGAAACCUUUUGAGUGCAAAGAAUGUGGGAAAGCCUUUAGCAAUCGGGCAGACCUCAUUCGGCACUUCAGCAUCCACACUGGAGAGAAGCCGUAUGAGUGCACGGAGUGUGGGAAGGCCUUCAACCGCAGGUCUGGCCUCACCAGACACCAGCGGAUUCACAGUGGAGAGAAGCCCUAUGAAUGCAUGGACGAGUGCGGGAAGGCCUUCCGCCGCAGGGCCCAGCUCACAGCACACCAGCGGAUCCACACCGGGGAGAAGCCCUAUGAGUGCCGUGAGUGUGGCCGGGGCUUCUCCAACAGCACUAGGCUCAUUCAGCACUCCAUCAUCCACACCGGAGAGAAACCCUACAGUGAAGUGAGUGUGGAAAGGCCUUCAGUUGCAGCUCAUCCCUUACUCAGCACCAGAGGGUUCAUACUGGGGGAAACCCUGCCAGUGUGA